AAAGACCGAUCGUGUUAUUCACAGUUAACCCAGUGCCUUGCAACAUGAAGAACCUAGUUAGUGCCUUUAUUUUCGUAGUUUGUGUAAAAACUAUAAGCGGGGACAGUCCGUGCGUAUCCAGAGAUGUGGAGUACGGAAGGGUGUGCGUCUGUAACUCCACCUACUGUGAUACGGUUCCGCAGGUGCUAAAUCUGGCAUCUACGGAAUACCAGCUUUAUUCGACCAGCGCGGAAAACAUCGGGUUUCACGCCAGUACGGGGAAAUUUUCAGGGAACGCUCGCUCCACUUCGCUCAGUGUAACUGUACCGGAGAUAAACAAAAACGGAGAAGUUAUCAUGGGAUUCGGUGGAGCGUUCACAGACACGACCAGUUACGAUAUACUGUCGUUAUCGGCCGACCUCCAGGAAUUUCUGCUGCAGAGUUUUUUCGGAAAAGACGGCAUCGAGUAUACCAUUAACAGGGUAACGAUGGGUGCUUCGGACUUCUCCUUGAGAGCCUACAGUCACUGUGAUACCAAAGACGAAACCUUAGGAAAAUUCGCUUUGCAAGAUGAGGACCUCAAAUACAAGAUUCCAUUAAUCAAGAAAGCUCAAGCAAUACGGGGUGAAGAAUUCAAGUUGUUUCUGUCUUCAUGGUCGUCCCCUGUCUGGAUGAAAACCGUUGAAGAUUUUCGUGGCACUGGAGUAUUAAAAGACGAAUAUCAGGCGUUGUGGGCAGAAUACUACAUAAAAUUCCUUACGGCUUAUCGCGAACAAGGAGUUGAGUUUUGGGGAAUAACUCCUCAAAAUGAACCGUACAGUAGCCCGGACUGGAAUAUUAAUUUAUUGUUUACCUAUGAGUCAUUAAGGGAUUGGAUAUUGGAACAUUUCGGCCCAGCAAUAAGGAACUCAAGUUUUAAGGAUUUGAAAAUUAUGUUACUUGACGAUACCACAAUUCAUCUCACCAGUUUCCAGAACACCACUUUAUCCAGAAAAGAGAUCUACGACUACGCCGAUGGCAUUGCGAUCCAUUGGUACCAGAAUGAUAAAAACCAAGAAAGUUGGUUCAACUUUCCCGAAAACCUGUUCGUUCUUGGAACCGAAGCGUGUCAAAACGUGAACGGUUACCUUUCGAACAUGAUGGUUAGGCUUGGAGAUUGGAGCAGAGGCGUCGAUUACGUUAACGACAUAUUAUACGAUCUGAAUCACCAUUUUAACGGAUGGAUUGAGUGGAAUUUCGCACUGAGCAAUGUCGGUGGUCCAAGUUGGAUGAACGUUUCCCUCGACGCGCCGGUGAUAAUAAGCGAAGCUCGUGACGAAUUCUACAAGGAGCCCAUGUUCUAUGUCUUGGGCCAUUUUUCCAAGUUUUUAGUUCCAGAUUCUGUGAAACUUGACAUAACUACGAGCGAUGCAUUAUCGGCGGCAAAUGUUAAGGCUGCAGCUUUUCUGAGACCCGAUGACAAAGUUGCCGUAAUCAUAUCCAACCAGUCAAAUAAUCCGGUAACAGUUCAAAUCAACAUUGCCGGAGCAGUCGAAUCGAUUGAUUUUGAAGCAAAUUCUUUAAACACGCUUUUGUAUAAUCAGUGACCCUUUUAAAUUAUUAAAUAAAUAACUUCAA